CUCUGCGUUUCGGAACUGGAUUUUUCUUGAUUUUGAGCGUAAUAUAGGCUAUUAUAAACCAAACCAUGGCUAGUAACGUAGUUCAAGGCAAGUCAAAAGUCGGAAUUAUUGGCAGCGGAUUGAUUGGUCGCAGUUGGAGCAUGUUGUUUGCAGGCGCUGGCUACAAUGUGGUGCUUUUUGACGUAGUGCAAUCGCAGCUGGAUAACGCAUUAGUUGAUAUCAAAAACCAACUGAUGAAACUUGAAGAGCAGUCUUUGCUUCGUGGAAAGCUAACAGCAAACGAGCAGUUCAGCCUAAUCAAGGUUACAAACGACUUGCCAGAAGCUGUGAAAGACGCUGUUCACGUUCAAGAAUGUGUGCCUGAAAACGUCGAUCUAAAGAAAAAGGUUUUCUCUCAAAUGGAUGCAGCGUGUACAACGGACUCCACUGUGCUCUGCAGUUCAACUUCAUGUAUUCUUCCAUCCAACAUAUUCACUGACUUACCACGUGUGUCUCAAUGCAUUAUUGCCCACCCAUGCAACCCACCUUACCACUGCCCUGUGACUGAGCUGGUCCCACAUCACGAAACAAACCCAGCUGUUUUGGGAAAAACGAAACUUAUAAUGGAAGAAAUCGGACAAUGCCCAGUGACCUUAAAACGAGAAGUGGAUGGUUUCGGACUCAACAGGAUGCAGUACGCGAUCAUCAAUGAAGCAUGGAGGUUAGUGACAGAUGGGAUAAUGUCCCCAGAAGAUGUGGAUAAAAUCUUCACCCAUGGGUUAGGGAUGCGUUACGCAUUCAUUGGGCCGUUUGAAACGAUUCAUUUAAAUGCUGAAGGCACGGAGAGCUACAUGGAAAGAUACAGAUCUUCGAUCAUCAGGGUAUCCAAUAGCUUUGGUCCUGUACCCACAUAUGAUGGAGAAGGUCUUGCAUCUAUUGCAGAAACAAUGAACAAGAGAAUUCCUCCAAAUUCAACUGAGUUGGGCAAACGUCGAGAAUGGAGAGACAAACAACUUAUAGCGUUGUCUAAACUGAAGAAGGAUUAAAGAUUUGUGAAAAAAAAUUGACUGUUACAUUAAAUCACCUACCUGAUUAAUUGUGGUGCAAUAAAUUAUGACAUUAUGUAUUUUCAUUUGCUAUACCCCUUUAUAACAAUUCAAGAUAAAAUAUUAAAAUAGUUCAUGCUAAUUGAUAAAGCAUCUAUAUAUGUAUAUUAAAUUAUAGAUACUAUGCACCUAACUUUUGCUUUGAUAAUCGAAUUUUUUAACUUGCAGUGUACUACGAUAUAUAGUUCGUACUAGCUAAAUUAGGGGUUUGAACACAAUUGUUAUUAAUCUAAGUUUGAAAAACAAUUAUAGGUAAAACAUUUGUGGUUGAUAAUUGCAUAAAGAAGUAGACUACUACAUAAAAUCACCAUUUAUACUUGUAUACAAUUUUUUUUUGUGCUGUAGCUGAUUCCAUUGAAAAGUUCCCAUUGUAAUUUCAUUUCAUCAG